CUUGAGUGAUUCUUAGCUUUUCCAAACAUCAGACUAUAAUAGCGGUACCAAACCUUUAGCAUUUGUAUACCAACAUACAUCGCCAAGAAGAAGUGGCAAAGUACAAUCCACGAGCCGACACCAACAAGGCGAAAGAUAAAAUAAAACUUUAAAAUCGUUUUAACAAAUUGUUAACUGUUGUAUAUUAAGAAAAAAGUAACAAACAAAUCAUAGUGGUGAAGUGUUCAAAAAUUAAUAAUUUGUGCUCUCCCUUAUAUUUAUACAUCACCUGCAAAAAACGGAACUAUCAACAUACGAUAUUCAAAAUGUCAUAUUAUCGACAAAGAUUAAAGUAUUCGGAGAUUAUCAGCGCCAUUCUUCUGCUCGUGGUGCAUAUACCGUUGAUGAGAGCAGUUAAAACAAUUGAUUUAACCACUGAAUACACUCUUGAAAGCAAAUCAACUGCUAUUAACAACCGAGGCUCUAAACUUUUAAAGAACUCAAUGCCACCGAAAGCUGCAGUAAGAAUGGAUAGCUUCGAUAACAGAGGGGCUGAGAAACGCGAAGAACCUUCAAAGCAGUUACUUGCGAAAAUGUCAUCUAAAUCGUAUAUUAGUAAGCCAAACUCAACAACAGCACCCACGCCGGCUAAGCUUGCAAAGCGUGCUGGUUCUACCGCUGAGAUCAAACAAAAGAAAAUUAGCAAAGAGAACACAAAUCGAACUGGAGACACGGCAGCACGCAGCAAACUUCGUCAAGAGGCAGACCAUAUUCCGGACUCAUCGGGGCAUAUACCGUAUCGGAUAGGUCGACCACAUUUAGCAUCACCAGAGUACGAUUCCACUGGUGUUAGUUCGAUUUCUAAUGAUGGCGGUGACACUUACCAAACAGUAUCUUAUGAGGCGGAUAAGUGGCCAAACGAUUACUGGGAACGGGACUAUAACAAACAUUUUUCCUUCAACACCACCCGAGUUCAGCAUAUUGAGGCAGAGUGUCAAGAUGACUACAUGAAGAUUAGAAUUGGAUUUAAUGCGACUUUCAGUGGACUAGUGUAUUCAGCAGGCUAUGCGUAUGACCCCGAUUGCAUGUAUAUUAAUGGCUCAGGAAGAGACUAUUAUGAGUUCUACAUUCAGUUGAAUCGCUGCGGAACUCUAGGAAAAAAUGCACUUCAUGAUGAAAAACGGAAAAAUCCAACUAAUUUUAUGUGGAAUACUGUGACGGUUCAAUAUAACCCACUUAUUGAAGAAGAAUAUGAUGAACAUUUCAAAGUAACUUGCGAGUACGGCUAUGAUUUUUGGAAAACGGUGACUUUUCCAUUUUUGGAUGUAGAAGUGGCUACUGGCAACCCUGUCGUCUUUACUCUAAGCCCACCUGAGUGCUACAUGGAAAUACAAAAUGGUUACGGCAUUGGAGGUCCACGUGUUACCGGACCUGUGCGUGUUGGCGACCCGCUUACUUUAAUCAUUUACAUGCGCAGCAAAUACGACGGUUUCGACAUUGUAGUGAACGAUUGCUAUGCUCACAAUGGUGCUAACAAGAGAAUUCAGCUUAUAGAUGAAUAUGGUUGUCCGGUAGAUGAUAAGCUAAUUUCACGAUUCCGUGGGUCUUGGUCUGAUUCUGGCGUUUUUGAAACUCAGGUGUACGCAUAUAUGAAGACGUUUCGAUUCACCGGAUCUCCAGCACUUUACAUUGAAUGUGACGUACGAAUGUGUCAUGGUCGAUGCCCUAGUCAGCCGUGCCACUGGCGAAAUUUGAAAGCUGUGACCAAACGUGAUAUCUCAAAUUCGACGGCAUCGAAAUUUCAAUCAACCCUGGAGCCAACAACACCAGCAAACAAGGAAGGAACUAUCAUGCUUAAAGAUUCCUCUUUUGAUUCCACAACCAUAGCAGGCGAGGAAGUAAUGACAUCCACAGGCACAGGAAAUCCUGUUAGCUCCUUAUCAGAAAAUGUAAACCUCUUUCAAUCGCUUCGAGUGUUGCAAGAAGGCGAAUCUGAGGGCGACGAUGUUUACUCAUAUGCGCGCCAUCUAGAGCCAUCUAAGCAUCAAACCUGCCUAAAAACGACGAUAUUUUCAGCGCUAACUGUCACAUUUUCAGUAGUGAUGUGUGUGCUAUCAGGUGCAUUGAUGGUGGCAUGUUCUCGUCUAAAGCAACGCAGUAAAGACGCAUCUUUAUAUGACACAUACAUCACCCAUAAAGGUCAAAUUGAUUAAUGUCAUCUACAAAAUUUAAACAUAGGAAUUUUACAAGAACGUGUAGAAAUAAUAAAUGUUUAAGCUGUAAAUAGAAAUUUCUUCCGUUAAUAUUGUAUAAUAAAAUUCCGAAGGAUGACGCGUAGACAGUCUUGUGACCUAAUAACUCAUUCGCCAACGCCAUCAGUGAGAACCACCACCCUUUUUAAGUGAGAAUCAACAUUCGAUUACAAGUACAAGAAAAUACUUCUUUUCAAUUAGUU